AUGCGGUCUCUCGGAGUCGCGGUGGCUCUCUUCCUUUUGGCGAGCAUAUGCCCAGCUCGUGUUGGUCCUUCUGGCCUGCGCGGCAACCUAGAAACGAGACAAUCCGGUGGCACGCUGGCCUAUGUCAGUGGCUCGGCACCACCCGAGUUUACGUACACGACCGGCAACUCCAAGCCUGAUAAUUGGAUCGCUCUUUUCAACAAAGGCGCAGACCCAGGCAAUGGGGGCGACAAGAACCACCUGGGCUGGAAGUCUGCUGGUAAUGAUGCGCGAUGGGGUGGCGACUACGUUGUUGAUCCUGUGAUGGCGCUGACUGGAGCAACGGCUAACAAGACGGGCGUCACGGGUGCUUUGGACAUUGCCGGCUACCCUCCCGCGAUUGGUAUGGAUCAGAUGCCGCCGGCACCCCAUGGCAGCACGUACGACUACAUUGCGGUCCAGUAUACCGGCUGCUUCGUACCGCACGCUGCAGGGCGUUACACGGCAUAUCUGCGGUCCGACGACGCGGUGUGGGUGUGGUUUGGUGACAAGGCAAAGUCGGGGUUCUCAGUCCACUACGCCGAUGUUUGGUCCGCGACCUACAUGGAUCAGACGUGGCCGUUGAUCGAGAUCAAAAAGGAGGACGUGGGGCGACCAGUGCCGAUCCGGAUCAUUUACAUCAACGCGCAGGUGGCUUGUGUCUUGCAGAUCGACAUAACAGAUCCAAACGGCAAGGUGGUUGCUCCUGCUUUUCGACCCAUUGACGAGGGACUAUUCACGAGAUGCCAAUAG